CACACUCCUCACAUCCACUCAGCACACACACACACACACACACACACUGGGAGAAAAGAAGAUGUUUUAGGAUUUAAAAUCAGUUUUUUUUACUUUUUCUUGGAACCUUCUUGUUUCUCCUCCAGCGGCUGCUCGUCCUCCUCCUGCCCGCCUCUGAGCGCCUCUUCCCGGACACUUGAGCCGGGAUGUGUCGGGUGGAGCUCCUGUAAACCUUCCUUUUCAUCCAGAGGAUUAUUUCUGAUUUCUGUGUUUAAAAAGGGAUUUGUUGCUCUCUGAAUCUCUGUGAACUCUUCCCUCUGAUGCUGUGUUCCUGUGUGAUGACCCCCGCAUUUCUUGUUUCCCACCCCCGACCCAUAUGAUGACUAUGAGCUCAUUAUCGGACACUUUGGUCCCGCCGGAUCCCUCCAAAUCGGCGUUCCUUGAGUUCGGGGGUUACCCGGGACACCAGCAGCCUCCCCACGGCCACGCGCACGGACAUUACCCUGUGCACGCGCUGGUGGGGCCCCCACAACACGAGGGGCCCUUCUCCUCCUCCUCGGGCGCGUCCUCGUACGGGAGACCGCUCGGUUACCCACCGUACCACAGCAGCGUGAACGCGCACCACCCCGGGGCUUACCUGGGAUACCAGCACGCGGGGCACGGAGGCGCGCACGGGCACACGAGACUGGAGGAGACGGACCCUGAGAAGAGGGUCUCGGGUCAUGAGGGUCUGGAGGAGCUGCGUGUGAACGGGAAGGGGAAGAAGGUCAGGAAGCCCAGAACCAUCUACUCCAGCCUGCAGCUGCAGAACCUGAACCAGAGGUUCCAGCAGACGCAGUACCUCGCUCUGCCAGAGAGGGCGGAGCUCGCUGCUCAGAUGGGGCUCACACAGACUCAGGUGAAGAUCUGGUUCCAGAACAAACGGUCUAAAUACAAGAAGAUAAUGAAGAACGGUCCAUGUGGUCCUGAGGCGGGGGAGAACCUGGUCCCCCCACCCGCCCCCCCCUCGCUGUGGGACGUUAGCAUGGCGGCUAAAGUAGCGCCGGGUCACUCUGCAGGGUACAUGAACAAUUUCUCCCACUGGUACCCCCCCCCCCACCCGCAGGACUCAAUGCCCAGGACUCAGAUGAUGUGACAGGAAGCAGGGAAACACUUCUUCACUGCAAAGAACACUGACUUUAAAGCAGAGAAGUGACGCAACAAAACGGACUUGAGUUCAUCUCUUCCUGGUCUGGAGGUCAAUGGUUUUCUGAAGGUGUUUUUGGUUGUUUGUUAUAGCCUAGCGUUAGCUUUUUACGUCAGAAAUCAUAAAGUGGUGUUAAUAUGUGGAGAUGAUCCUGCUGAACUAAACGUGUAAGAAUCAGAAACGUUCGUUUGAAACAGAGAUUAUUUUCUGACAUAAUCCAAAAUCACAUGGAGGAAUCCCAUUGGACCAGAGAGAUGAUUCCUUCAGGGACCAACACAGAAAUACGACAUCCAUAGCAGCACUAUAUUAAAGCAUCAUAUAAUUAACAAGGUAGCUAACUAGCCAUCUGUCUGCCAGUUAGCUAUGUUGCCUAUUCAGCCAUGCUUAAAAGCCAAUGGAAAAAUCCCAUUGGCUUUUUGUGGAGGGAACCAGGGAGAUGAUGCCUUCAGGGUCCAAUUCAGAAAUACGACAUCCUCCAGAGACGUUUGAGAAUAAGCUACAACUUGGACUUUAAUGCCGUCCCUGCGUCUCUCAUUUUAGACUUUUCUUUUCAGGGUUUUUCCAGUGUCUUACCGUGGUAAAUACGUAAGUGAUUAACAACGGUGUUCCUCAGGGCGUCCUCAUGGGACCCUUUUAGUUUGGUGAAAAUCAGGUUUAGAGAACCAAAGAUAAGACAUUAUUUUUAACUGUGUGUAUUUUGGUACACUAUAAAGAGUCCGUGCAGAAGCUCUGAUUUUAUAAACAAGUUGACAUUUUGUACUCCCUUUUUAAACUUUUAUAGUAAAAAGGCACUGAAAGGAAAUGUUAUAUAUUUUUUUUCAUAGUCGUUAAAUAUCCCAAAUAGUUCAAAGCCUUAAAGACCAAAGCCUUAUGUGUGAAAAUACAUGAAUAUGUCCCUUUAUAUAUUUUUAUACUGAAUUCUAUUGAGUAAAUUGUUCAGUUUUAUCCCAUAAAGAUGACUUUGGAAGUUUUCGUGAUAAUUCAAGGGAAGUUAAAUGCAGGGUUCAAUUCAUUCAUUAAUUUCAGUUCUUGUGAUUUUUAUUCUCUGAUGGAUUUUUGUUUUUCUUGCUGUCAGUUUUAAAUGUUUCCAACAUUUCCAGGAGUUUACAGUCUUAUAUAUACGCCAUAAUUGUGAUUUAUUUAACAACAUUUUGAAAUACUCAAUUGAUAUUCUGGUAACGAUUGAUCAGGACUUGCUCUGUUAAUUGAAAUAAAUCAACUUUGAUCUUUGCCACUAUA